CACAGCCGACCUAAAGCCCUGAACUUUGCGCCUGCAGCUCCUCCCAGCCGGCCUGCCUGUCACCACUACCUGAAGGAUUGUGAAACCGCCAGGCUGUUCCAGGCGCAGCUCAGGGCAGCCAGCAGGGCAGGUGCUGGGCCCCAUGCAGAGGGAGAGAGCAGGAGGGGGAGUGUCCAUGGCUUGCCACGCCCCGUGGACAAGGAGGAGGGCCAGGCUGGGGACCCUGCUUUCGGAAAACCCAGGGCCAAGACCCAACAGGGGUACAGCUGGACCUGCUGCCAAGCCCGAGAUGCCAGGAGGGGUGGCAGCCUGGCAGAGCCCCUAGCCAGUCAUGGAGGAAGUGAGCUUUAGGGAAGGGCACAGACCUCAGGCCCCACUUUUUCUUUUAAUCCUCACCUGAGGAUAGUUUUCCCAUUGAUUUUUAGAGAGUGGAAGAGAGGGAGGGGAGAGGGAGAGAGAGAGAGGAACAAUGGUGGGAGAGAGACACAUGGAUUGGUUGCCUCCCACAUGUAUCCUGACUGGGGCUGAGGAUCCUCUUUCUCCCAAUCAUUUUCUAGCCACAGUUCAGGUUAGACUGGUCACUGCCUACUUCCAAUCUCUGCUUCUGGAACCUUCCAGGGUUGGAUCUCACUGCCCAUCCUCCUUCCGGACCCUGCAAAGCCCCUUUGGUCACUUUCCACAAGGAAGGCCUGGCCCUGGGAAGGAAUUCCCUCGAAAUCCUUGCUGCUGUGAGAAUUCCAGGUUGCAUGGCCUCAUGACAAUCCCAAGUGAAACUGGAGUUCCAGAAUGCGGGCUCCUGGCCUGGGCUGGAGAGGGCUGCUGGGUACAGGACCUGGGGCUCAGGCUGCACCUAGGCUCGGGGUCAAGGCCUGCUGGCUGUGGCUGGAGGAGGCCUGUUCCGCAUCUCAGCCAUGGGCCUGGAGCUCUACCUGGACCUGCUGUCGGCGUCCUGCCGCGCUGUUUACAUCUUCGCCAGGAAGAACAGCAUCCCCUUCGACUUCCAGUUUGUGGACCUGCUGAAAGGUUACCACCACAGCAAGGAGUACACUGAGGUCAACCCCCUGAAGAAGCUGCCCAGCCUCAAGGAUGGGAAAUUCAUCUUAUCUGAAAGCGUGGCCGUCCUCCUCUACCUGUGCCGCAAGUACAGCGCCCCCUCGUACUGGUACCCGCCGGACCUGCACACGCGCGCCCGCGUGGACGAGUUCAUGGCCUGGCAGCACACAGCCAUCCAGCUGCCCAUGAGCAAGAUCCUCUGGAUCAAGCUCCUGAUCCCCAUGAUCACAGGCGAGGAGGUGCCAGCUGAGAAGACGGAGGAGGUGCUGGCUGAGGUGCAGGAAAACCUGAAGCUGUUCGAGGAGCGGUUUCUCCAGGACCGGAUGUUCAUUACCGGGGACAACAUCUCCCUGGCCGACCUGGUGGCCUUGGUGGAGAUGAUGCAGCCCAUAGGGGGCAACCACAACGUCUUCCAGGCCAGCUCCAAGCUGGCCCAGUGGCGCAUGCGGGUGGAGCUGAGCAUCGGCCCCAGCCUCUUCUGGGAGGCCCACAACCGGCUGGUCAAGCUGGGCGAGUGGGACUGCUCCACGCUGGACCCGUCCGUCAAGGAGAGGAUCGUCGACUUGCUGCGGAAGUUCAAGUAGCGCAGCCCUCGUGCAGCGUCCGGCUGCUCAGCCCUCUGAGCCUCCUUUCUGGGGACACGCACCGAAAACCACUGUUUCUUUGUCCAAUAAAGAACCGGAACCACCGCCACGGCUGCCGAGCCUGCGUCCUCGGGGUGGGCACAGGUCUGCUGUGGGAGUGGGUGGGAGUGGGUCC